AGCGGGUUGCGCCGCUCCAGAGGGCCACGUCGCCGCGGCUCUCGGAGGCGCGGCUGGCCUGGGGCAGCCAAGCGCCGCCAUCCAGCGCGCCCUGGCCGGUCGGGCCUCGCCGCGCUCUGGCGACGGGGCGUCUUCAGCCCUGGGAGGGGAUUCGAAGGGCAGGGACGCGUUGCCCAAAGGCGCGACGCGCGCGGUCGACGCGGAAGAUCUGGCGCUGCCCCCGCCCGGGACGACCCCUGCCAAACUGGGGGGCAUCUGCCCGCUGGCGGCCGAGCACUUUGCCGACGUCUCGGGAGGGGCGCCGCGGGCGCCGAGCGAGGCCGUGGACGCGGACCUCCUCAGCCAGAGGCUCCGGGAUGCGGGGAUGCUCGGGGCCACCGAUCGGUUCGUCGAGAGCGCCUCCCUCUUCGGGGUCGCGAAGAAGUACUUCCCGCAGGAAGCCGACCCCCAGGGCCCCCCACAGCGGCAGAUCCGCGCCAUCUGGGACGAGAGACGCGCCAACCUCCGCUGGCAGAGGCUGCCCUACGCGCCGCUCGGCAGCCCCGCGUCCUUCAUCCAUCUGGUCCGGCCCUAUUUCGUCCAGGAGGGGAUCGGGGUCGACGAGUUCGUGGACUUCACGGCAGCCAAGGGGCGGGAGUGCGCAGCGCCCAUGACUGCGAGGCACCUGGCGAUCAAGGCCCUGGCAAUGAGCUGGUCGCGGGCCCCCUUCCUAGCCCACUCUUCGUUGCAGGCCUGCAUGGCGCGCGGGCUCGGGGGGGAUUAUGUUGGGGCCCGCCUGGCCCACGGGGCCCCGACGCCCCAGCUCGUCGGCCCCGAUGGGUGCAAGGCCUUGAACUGGGCGCACAUAGAGGACUACGGAAUGAUGGCCACAUCCGCGAGCGCCCAGCGGCCGGUCUCCGAGGUCGUCGGGGAGCUGACGGGCCGCGUCACGCACUACCUCGCCAUGGUCGGGCAAUCGGACGCAGCGCGACGGGAGCUCACCACGAUCAUCUACUGCGACCCGCCCUUGCGCACGGACCUCGAGGCGCAGCGGCCCCCGCACGCGUUCGUGACGGACUCCAGCGACACGGGCCACGGAGCGCAAGUCACCGUCGCAUCGCUCGACGAGAUCCGCAAGGGUGCGAAGUGCACCGAGAUGAGGAGCUGGACGAUCGCCACCGAGGACACCUACACGAAGCAAGGGAACACCUGGGCCCCACAUGCGGGAGGCUGCGCCUUCGACUUGGACGACCUUGCCGAGGCGUUUGCGAAGAUCCUGCCGCGCCCGACGCAGCGGGUCUACCGGGCGCUGCACCUCUUCGCGGAAGCGGAGCGCGAGGGCCUCGAGGUCGAGCCCCCGUCCAUCGACGCCGCCAUCGAUCCGAAGCACGACCUCGCCAGCGAGACGUUCGUCGGCGCGUUCCUAAAGCUAGCUCGAGCCGGCCACUUCCACGCAGUGGCCUUUCUGCGGACGCGGCAGGGGCCGCGUGACCGGAGCGACAUCCAGCCCACGACCUUCGAGCGCCGACGCCUGGAUCUGGGGGCGCUCCUCCUGCGGACCGCCAUGAGGGUGGUUCGCGCCGUCUGCCUGGCAGGGGGCCUCGGCAUCAUGGAGCACCCCGCGGACCCCGAGGAGGAGCCCUUCCCGUCCAUCUGGGACCUCGACGAGAUGGCGGAGCUCAUCCAAGCGACGGGCGGCCGGGCCAACCGCAUCGACCAGUGCCGCUACGGGGCGCCGUCGAUGAAGCCAACCAUGAUCGGGAUCUUCGGGAACUGCAACAGCAGGGCGGGAUCGGCGGUGGCCCAGCUCCGACUGCGGCGCAACCAUCAUAGGCGGCACCUAGAGGUUCUCAAAGGUCGGGCGAGGGACGAGGCGAGGCGGGGCGACCGCAUCAAGGCCCCGCCUCUAGCUUCUGCGUGGAUGCCGCUGCCGAGGCGGCGCCCGCUCUACUUCGGCAAGUGGAGGGUCACGGGGCACACGAACAUCAACGAGACCCGAGCUAUGGUGGGACUUCUGCGGCACCUGGCACGAUCGUCACGGACGUGGAGGCGCAAGGUCCUGAUCCUGACCGACAGCAUGGUGGCGCUGGGGGCCCUGGGUAAGGAUCGAUCCAGCUCCCUUGCCCCGCUGCGCUUGUGCCGCCAGGCCGCGGCCAUCACCAUGGCCUUCGGGAUCUACGGGGCGCGUCCGCCGAGAGCGGGCGAGGUCCCCCUCCAGAAGCGGGGGCCGCUGGCGUGGGAGAAUUACGAGCGGGAGCCGCACCGGGGCAUCAGCGAAGGGGGCUUCACUAGGCUCCUGGCGCACUCGGUGGCGGACGCUGCAGCGGUGCAGUGGGUGCCCGAGGUCCGCGACUUCCUCACCUACUGCGUCGCCCAGGGCUGGGGGCUGAGGUCCGCGAAUGCAAUGGACCACACCCUGGCCGACUACAUGGACAUGAAGGGCUACAGGGGCCGACUCCGACCCACCCGGGAAUCCGUCGUCCUCUUCGGGUUGCUGGUGAUCUGGCCCGACCUGCGGAACCGGCUCUCCUCGGCCCUGAGGAGCUUGAAAAACUGGCAGAGGCUGGUCAUACCUGUCGAGGGCGGCCCGCUUCCCGAGGAGGCCGUCUUCGCCAUCGCCAUCUGCUUCUUCGAGGCGGGGCUUCUCGGUCUCGAUGAGGCGAUCUGGACGCUUGUGCAGUACGACGUCUACGGCCGAGAGCCGGACAUGGAGCUGCCGCGCGCGGCCGACAUCACUCUGGGACGGCCGGAGGGCAAGACGGGCAGCAAUCAGGGGGUGAUCGUGCGCCGCGGUGCGGUGGCGAACCUCCUCCUCGCGGAGAGGGAGGCGAAGAGGAGCGCGGAGGAGCCCAUCUUCAGCAUGCGCCAGGAGGGCUUCCGCAAGGAGUGGCACCGAGCAUGCCGUGCGCUAGGCAUGCCAUGGGCGCCGCCGACGCACGCGCUCCGACACUCGGGGCCCAGCGAGGAUGUAGCUCGAGGUCGAGCCACCCUCGAGCUGCGGAGACGGGGCCGGUGGAAGGCUUUAUCCAGCGUCCAGAGAUAUUCGAGGACGUUCGCCUUGACGCAGUUCAAAGCACAAAUGCCUCAAAAGGUGAGAGACAUUGGCCAGCGCGCACGCAGGGACCUGGCCGCAGAGAUCACCCGAGCCCUGGCGACGCGGAACAACUACAGCAAGUCCGACCAGAAGCUCAUUUCCGCCAUUACCACCAACCUGAAGACAGAGAAGGCGAAGGACCUGGCUGCGGAGAUCCUGAUGCUCGGACCAGGCAAGCAGUCCACAAAAAGAAAGCAGGAGCACAGCAAGAGCGACCUCAGAGGCUCCGAUUCCGACGACCUCCACGCAGACGAGACUUGGGGAGAAGCCACCUGA